UUCAUGUAGGCACUCUCUGUUCAUAACUCUGAUAUCUGGAGAUUUUUGUUCAAAAAAUAAUUAUGAAUAAAAUUACAGAACUCUAGUACAACUGCACCGGCUGCCUCAACGAGCAAUACUGGUACCAGUGCUGCACCAACCUCUGGGAACACAUCGGCUGUCCCUUCACGGAAAGAACGGGAAAAGUCUGAUGAUUCGGAUACUGAAGCAAAGUUUGAGGAAGCUCAAUGUGCUACUUUGGUGGCGCAGAUUAACCGUCAUGUAUCCCAUGAGCUUUUAGGAUGCUUUAUUCGCACCUUCUUAUUGGAGACCAAUGCCACAAAUGUGCGAUGGCAGGCUCAUUCAUUAGUUCUUGCUAUUUACAAGUAA